UGUAUGUGACGUAGAAUGUGUGCGUCGUCGAUACGGCACGUGUGUUUAUGAAAGUUUGGUGAGGUUACGUUUGUGAGAAAAGUGGAAUAUUUAAUAAUUCUGCUUUAAAGUCCAGUGAAAAUGGGGAAGAAACUCAAAGUUGGAAAAACCAGGAAAGAUAAAUUCUACCACCUCGCCAAAGAAACGGGUUAUCGCUCUCGUUCGUCCUUCAAACUCAUCCAGCUCAAUCGUAAAUUUCAAUUUCUACAGAAAGCCAGAGCUCUCAUCGAUCUGUGUGCUGCUCCAGGUGGAUGGUUGCAGGUGGCAUCCAAGUUUAUGCCCAUUUCAAGUCUCAUCAUUGGUGUUGACCUGGUGCCUAUUAAGCCCAUUCCUAAUGUAGUGACACUGCAAGAAGACAUCACCACUGAGAAGUGCAAACAGGCUCUAAGAAAGGAGCUGCAGACUUGGAAGGUGGACGUUGUGUUAAAUGAUGGCGCUCCAAAUGUGGGAACCAACUGGCAGCACGAUGCCUACUCACAAGCUCAUCUGACUCUAAUGGCCUUGAAGCUGGCCUGUGAGUUCUUGAACAAAGGAGGCACUUUUGUCACCAAGGUUUUCCGCUCCAAAGACUACCAGCCACUAAUGUGGAUCUUCCAGCAGUUUUUCAAGAAGGUGCAAGCCACAAAGCCGCAGGCCUCCAGGAACGAGUCUGCUGAAAUCUUCGUUAUCUGUCAGGGCUUUGUUGCACCAGACAAAAUCGACAGCAAAUUUUUUGACCCCAAACAUGCGUUCAAAGAGGUAGAAGUGCAAGCCAAAACGGUGAAGGAGCUGGUUCCUGACAAGAAGCCCAAGGCAGAGGGAUACACAGAUGGUGAUGUGACACUUUUCCACAGUUUCACAGUCAUGGCGUUCCUCAAAGCUGAAAACCCUGUAGACUUUUUAGCCAAAGCCAAUGAGAUUACCUUUGACAACCCUGACCUGGAGGCUCACCCACUCACAAGUGAUGAGAUAAUGGAGUGUUGUCGCGACAUCAAGGUUUUGGGCCGCAAAGACCUCCGCCUGUUGCUGAACUGGAGGUCCAAGAUGAGGAGAUAUCUGGCCAAGAGACUAAAGGACAAGGCCAAAUCACUCAACCAGGAGAUAAAUUUAACUUCUGAUGAAGAAGAGAGUAAUUCAGAGGAUGAGCCAGACACAAAGAAAGAGGAUGAUGAAAAAGAAGAUGAUGAUGAUGAUGAAGAUGAAGAAGAAAUGGAGAAGAAACUGGCAGAAGUGAAAGCUGAGGAGGUGGCUGAACUCAAACGAAAGAAGAAGAAGCUGCUGAAGGAGCGAAGGAAGCAGAGGGAAAGGGUGGAGCUUAAGAUGGACCUUCCAGGUGUUUCCAUUGCUGACACCAGUGACACAUCCCUCUUCUCUCUCAGUACUGUCAAGAAACAAAAGGUGCUGGCUGAUCUAUCAAAAGGGGACAUGCAGACAGCAGACGCUCUAGGGGAAGAGGACGAUGACAUCAAUCUAUCCGAAGAUGAUGGCGAUGAGGAUGAUAAAAUGUCCUUAGCCUCCGAUUUAGAUGAUGAAGACUUUGAAGAGGUUCAACAGCGAGAGAAAGAACUUCACAAGAAAAAACUGCCAAAGAAGAAAGUAGCGUUCAAUGAGGAAGAGGAAGAUGGAGAGGAAAAUGGGUUGCUGGUGGAACUAGAAGGAAAAGAUGAGAAACUUGAGCGUGUGACUAAUUUGUGGUUCAGCAAGGGCAUCUUCUCUGAAAUUGACCUGGAAGGAGAUGCAAAGAAUGAGCUGAGACAGUCUGAGUGGAUCCAGAAGGGGAAAGCGGGAAAAGGCAAAAAAAGGAAAGCUGGGGAGCAAGAGGAAGCUGCCCAGCCGGAGAAGGAGGCAGGACCUUCACAUGACGCUCAGGACAAGAGUGACAGUGACUCUGAUGACAGCAGUGAUGAUGAGAAAGAAAUUUCCAAGAUGAAGGCAGCCGUGGGGAUUGGUGGGCUGUCAGGAGAUGCUGUUGCUGCUGCUGAUGAUUUGCAGGUCGUGCCUGUAGAAAGCACCAGUAAGCGAGCCAGGAUCCUGGAUGCAGAAGGGCUGGCGCUGGGCUGUCAGAUUGCGACAUCCAAGAAAAGAGCCAGAGAUCUGGUGGAUGGUUCCUUCCACAGGUUUGCUAGUUCUGAUGAACCAUGGGAGGUACCAGAGUGGUUCCUAGUUGAUGAGCAAAAACACCGGAGGAAACCGGUACCGGUUACAAGGGAGAUGGUGGAAGAGUACAAACAAAAAUGGAAGGAAAUCAAUGCCCGGCCAAUCAAACGAAUUGCUGAGGCCAAAGCCAGGAAGAAGAGGAGGAUGCUGAAAAAGAUGGAGCAAGCUAAGAAGAAAGCAGAAGCAGUUGUCAACACAGUGGACAUAUCUGAGAAGGAGAAGAUGGCUCAGCUGAAGAAUAUUUAUAAAAAAGCUCGCUUGGGGAAGGAGAAGAGAGAAGUGACGUAUGUUGUGGCUAAAAAAGGAGCCGGAAAGAAAGUCAGACGGCCUGCUGGUGUUAAAGGAGUCUUCAAAGUGGUGGACGGUCGCAUGAAGAAAGACGCACGGGGCCUUCAGAGGAAAGAACAGCAUGCCAAAGGAGGAAAAAGGAAAGGAAGACCAGUGAAAAGUGGCAAAAGAGGGAUGAAGAGUGGAAAAGCACGGAAAGGAAAAUAAAUUAGAACAGACAUUACUCUUGUAGUUCUGAGAUUUUAAGCAUCCCCUCAGCUCAAAGUACAGAUGAGAAUUUUUAUCUCCGCCAGUGAAGUUGGGCAAGGUUGUUUUC